AUGGAUUUCGAAAAUACUGAAGCAAAAAUCUCAAAACCCUUGAACGCAAGGGCCGAAUCGUUCUACCCGUCCGUAUUCUCUCCAGAAAACGGAAUUAAUCUCGCCUUGAGCAGCAGCACAUCACCGUUAAAAUUCCACCCUUGGACUCGUCAGCCACUGCUUCCUGCACCUUUCAUACCAGUAUUUCAUCCAUCAGUUUUUCCGCUACACCCACCUGCAAUCGCCUGUUACAACGCGUUUUCUCAACCUGCUGUGGGUAAUUUAUGUCCACGUAAAGUAGGGUUUGAAGCGAGUUAUUACAGGUCGGAUGAAAGUGUGGUGGUAGAGAAGCUGAAGGGUGGAGUCUUGGAGUUUUCUCCAUGUGGGAGGAGGGGAAAGAAGGGUCGACGGUGGAAGGGUUUGAAGAGGUUCACCUCACAAGGGUUACAGAGAGAGGGAGUUUGGAACAUCAAGAAGGUGGCGCCGGUUGACAUGGAGACGACUGAUGAUCAAGAUGGCUUCGUUCCUAAUCUUCGCGGUAAAACCUCACUGAUGAUUAGAAACAUUCCAAAUCAACUACAGCGGGAUGAUUUGAUGAGAAUUCUUGACAAACAUUGCCGCAAAGAGAAUGAGGACCGCCAUUACUCUGACACUACUCCUGAAUCCGCAUACGAUUUCCUGUACCUUCCAAUGGACUUUAGGAGACGAGCCAACUUGGGAUAUGCAUUUGUGAACUUCACAAGUUAUGCUGGGGCCGAGAAAUUUUGCAGAGCUUUCCACAAAUAUGAAUGGGAGGUUCCGGCCAAUAAAAAAGUCUGUGAAAUCUGCGUUGCCAAAUACCAGGGUAGAGAUGAACUGAGGGGAAGGUUUGAGAAUUCAAGAUUUCCUUGUGACACAAGUGAUUAUCUCCCCGUGGUGCUAUCUCCACCGCGAAAUGGUUUGUCAUGCCCGAGCCAGCCGAUAUUCGUUGGGCGUUUUAUUGGCACGAAUGCGCAUGGAAUGAGACUGCAGAGAAGGUCUGGUAGCUUACGUGCAUAG